AUGCCGGUCGUCAAUCCAGAAAAGCUGGUUUCUCUGCAGCAAAAUGCCCAAGAUAUUAGAAAUAUAUGCAUAUUAGCUCAUGUUGAUCAUGGGAAAACUUCCCUUUCAGACGCAUUGAUUGCCACAAAUGGCAUCAUCUCCCCAAAACUCGCUGGCAAAAUACGAUACCUCGACUCUCGUCCAGAUGAACAGACGCGCGGAAUUACUAUGGAAUCAUCCGCCAUAUCAUUGUAUUUCUCCAUGCUAAGACGAAAUGCGCCAGAUGCUACAUCUGAACAAAAAGAAUACUUGAUCAAUUUGAUAGAUUCGCCAGGGCAUAUAGAUUUCAGUAGUGAAGUAUCAACUGCCUCGCGGUUGUGCGAUGGCGCUGUCGUUCUAGUAGAUGCGGUCGAGGGAGUUUGUAGUCAGACUGUUACUGUUUUGAGGCAGACAUGGGUCGAACAUAUGAAACCUCUAUUGGUAAUCAACAAGAUGGACCGACUUAUUACAGAACUGAAGAUGACCCCAGCGGAAGCAUAUACACAUUUGAGCAAACUUCUGGAGCAAGUCAAUGCUGUUCUCGGAAGUUUCUUCCAGGGUGAGAGAAUGGAGGAAGACUUGAACUGGAGGGAGAGAGUCGACGAGAGAAUUGCUGCAGCCGCUGCAAAAGAACAGGAACGAUCGGAAAAUGAUGGAAGCACCUCGAUCGAUACCGAGGCUAUUAAUGAAUUCCAAGAAAAGGAUGAUGAGGAUAUUUACUUUGCGCCAGAGAAAAACAAUGUGAUAUUUAGCAGUGCCGUUGACGGAUGGGCAUUCACCGUCAGACAGUUCGCCAGCUUAUAUGAGAAGAAAUUAGGAAUCAAAAGAACCGCAAUGGAGAAAGUAUUAUGGGGAGAUUUCUACCUGGAUCCGAAGACCAAAAAAGUCCUUGGACCAAAACAUCUCAAGGGGCGAAAUCUGAAACCAUUGUUCGUCCAAUUAGUCUUGGAACAGAUCUGGGCUGUGUAUGCGGCAACAACCGGUGGUGAUCAAGGGAGAGGUGAUCCUGCCAUGACAGAAAAAAUCAUAAAGUCAUUAAACAUUACUUUACCUGCACAUAUUACACGUUCCCGCGAUCCGCGAGCUAUCCUGACAACAUUGUUUGCAGCAUGGCUUCCAUUAUCAACAGCUCUACUAGUUUCCGUCAUCGAAUCUUUACCUGCUCCGCCUGCUGCUCAAGAGGGAAGACUACCGGCACUUAUCGACGCAUCUCCCGGAGCAUCGCACGUAGAUCCGAAAGUUAGGGAGGCAAUGAUUAAAUUCAAAACUUCAAAGGAAGAGCCAGUUGUGGCUUAUGUGAGUAAGAUGGUUUCAAUACCAGAGAGCGAACUUCCUCAGAACAAGCGACGAGGAGGUACUCUGAGUCCUGAAGAAGCCCUGGAAAUGGGUCGACGAAAGCGAGCCGAGAUCGCAAGACAACAGGCUAUAGAAGAAGCCUCUGAAUCUGUUGAUGGGAUAAUAUCCGAUGCACUUGGAGCAGUAAAACUUGAGGAGCCUGCCGAGGAAGAGAAGAAAAAUGAUCCAGAACAUCUGAUAGGUUUUGCACGAAUAUAUUCCGGAACUUUAUCCGUAGGGGAUUCUAUUUAUGUACUACCGCCAAAGUUCUCUCCUGCGCAUCCACACAACAGUCCUGAACCACAAAAGGUUACAGUCACUGCGUUAUACUUAUUGAUGGGCCGUGGACUCGAACCACUCACUUCUGUUCCAGCUGGUGUUGUGUUCGGUAUCGGAGGUCUGGAAGGCCAUAUCCUCAAAUCUGGAACCCUCUGCAGUCAAUUGGAAGGUAGUGUGAAUCUCGCAGGAGUCAAUAUGGGCUCUCAACCUAUUGUCCGUGUCGCCUUGGAACCAGCUUGGCCUGGGGACCUUGAUAAAAUGAUUCGAGGUCUUAACUUACUCGUUCAAAGUGAUCCUUGUGCUGAGUACGAACAAUUCGCAAGUGGUGAACAUGUUCUACUCACAGCAGGUGAAUUGCAUUUGGAACGUUGUUUAACAGAUCUCCGUGAAAGGUUUGCUGGAUGUGAUAUUCAGGCAGGAGAGCCGAUUGUACCAUAUCGAGAAACUAUUGUUAGGGCUGAAGAUAUGAAACCUCCAGCAAAUAAGGAGCUCGGAAGAGGUACUGUUGUAUUGUCAACUACGUCAAAACAGAUCACGAUUAGAUUAUGUGUAAGACCUCUUCCAGUGGAAGUUACCGAGUUUUUGGGCAAGAACGCCGGUGCCAUCAAGAGACUUUAUUCUGAUCGUCAAGCUCGGGAAAAGAGCAAGAAGGGCGGUGACAAUUCCAUCCAAGAGUCAACUGAACAGGAAGAGGUUGAUGAAGUAUUGGGCGGUGAGAAAGUCCUAUCAUUGGCUGAGUUCAAGGAAGAACUCCAAAAAGUAUUUGAAGGGGUAAAAGGUCAAAAGGACAUCUGGGCUUCAGCUGUAAACCAAAUUACUGCUUUUGGUCCACGAAGAACUGGACCCAAUCUUCUGAUUGAUUCCACAGCCGAAGGAAUCCUUGGAGCGUUCCUCCGUGAAGACACUGCUACCGACUCCCAGCCAUCAGCAGCUCAAACCCAAACCCUCCAAGCCCGCUCCUUUUCCGACAAAAUCAGCUAUGCGUUCCAACUCGCCACUGCUCAAGGACCCCUUUGCAACGAACCAAUCCAAGGAAUCGCUGUGUUCCUCGAAGAUGUGACCGUAGCUCCUUCUACUGACGAUGAUUCGUCCACUCGGGAUAACUUUGGUCGAAUAACUGGUGAAGUCAUCAAAACAGUUCAACAAGCUAUCAAACAAGGUUUCUUAGAUUGGUCCCCAAGACUUAUGCUUGCCAUGUACUCGUGUGAAAUUCAGGCUAGUACCGAAGUCCUCGGUCGCGUUUACGACGUGCUCACCCGUCGUCACGGACAAAUUCUCUCCGAAUCCCUCAAUGAAGGCACACCCUUCUUUACCAUCGUAUCGCUCCUCCCCGUCGCCUUAUCCUUUGGUUUCUCGGAUGAAAUCCGCAAACGCUCAUCCGGAGCAGCUAGUCCUCAACUCAUCUUCCAGGGUUAUGAAGUAUUGGAUGAAGAUCCUUUCUGGACACCCUUUACGGAGGAUGAUCUUGAGGAUCUUGGGGAGCUUGCUGACAAGGAAAAUGUGGCGAAGAAAUAUAUGGAUGGGGUGAGGAAGAGGAAGGGAUUGAGGGUUGAGGGCGAGAUAUUGGUGAGGGAUGCGGAGAAGCAGAAGACGUUGAAGAGGUAG